UAGCACGAUUAAUGUUGUCCUCCGCUCGUGGGGUGUUUUAAUGUUAAUAAUAAUGUGAGUGGAUAAAAGCCUCCCGGGGGGAGGUGGGUGGUGGUCGGCAUGGCAGCUGGCGCCCAGGGAGAGAGUGACAAGGAGGAAAAAGAAAGGGGAGGGGAGCCGACAUUAAAGCAACACAAGGAAACGACCACAGCGCAGCCUUCAUUUUAAGCUUUUCAACAGCCUGAGCCACCGUGAGCAGGGGGGAAAACGGCACAUCUUCGACCGGGAGCGAGAGAGAGAGAAAACCUCGAUCCGGACUGGAAGCUCAAGCGGCCUGGCUUCCCGAGCUGGAGCGACUCGUUCCCGGCGCCCUCGGAGCCAUCAUGGAGGUGCCCGGCUCGCCUCAGGUGGUGGAAGAUGCUGGCGAGGAUGACGAGGAGGAGCUGAGCGGCGGCGAGGAGGCCGACCUGCGCUCCAGCUCUGGCCGAGGCUCGCUACUCACGCGGCGAGGCAUCACGCUGCGGGUGCUCCUCAAGGACGGCCUGGUGGAACCUGGCGAUGGCGUGCUGGCCAUUCACUACCUGGGUAAGAAUUUCAUCGGCGACCUGCUGAAUGACGGCAAAAUCCGCUGGGUGGAGACGGGUCAGAUCUUCAACUCGCCGAGCGCCUGGGCCACCCACUGCAAGCGUCUGGUCAACCCGGCCAAGAAGUCCGGCUGCGGCUGGGCGUCGGUGCGCUACCGCGGGCAGAAACUGGCCCAAUACAAGACCACCUGGCUGCACAAGUACCAGCCCAGCGCAGACAUGAGCCUGGUGAGCGAGGAAGAUGAUGACGAGGAUGAAGAGGAAGGGAAAUCAGCCAUACAAGCAGAAGAGAAGAACAGAAACAACAAACCUGGAGGAUUACACGAUGCUCUGGCUCCGAGGAGAACGGACCGGGAAAGAAUCCCAGUCAGAUAUUGCAAUCUGGGCACCAGGGACGCUUCCAGAGACCCUCACACGCUGGUGGAGCUGUCAGCCUUUUCGGCCAUUAACAGGUUCCAGCCGUUCAACGUGGCCGUGUCCAGUAACGUGCUGCUGCUCAUGGACUUCCACUGCCACUUGACCACAAGUGAGGUGGUGGGAUACCUGGGAGGACGGUGGGACACCAACACACAAUUGCUGACCGUCUUACGGGCGUUUCCUUGUCGAACGAGACUGGCGGACAGAGAUGCUGCCUCCGUUGUUGAGGAGGAGAUCUGCCAGAACUUGUUCAUGCGCGGCUUGUCCUUGGUGGGCUGGUACCACAGUCACCCUCGGGGUCCGGCCCUGCCGUCGCUGCAGGACAUCGACUCGCAGAUGGACCACCAGCUGAGGCUGCAGGGCUCCAACAACGGCUUCCAGCCGUGCCUUGGCGUCAUCUGCGGACCGUAUUAUCACGGUAAUCAAGGUGUGGCCUCCACUAUUACGCCGUUCUGGGUCGUACCACCGCCCGAGCAAAGGCCCAACGACUACGGGAUCCCCGUGGCCGUGGAGGUCACGUAUGUUCAAGACAACUUCCUCACCAGUGACGUCCUCAAUGAGAUGGUGCUGCUGGUGGACUUCUACAAGGCCGCCCCGGACCUCGUCCACUUCAACCAGUACUGGUGUCCCGACACCACCAUGAUGGACAAAAUCAAGUCAACGGUUCCUCGCUGCUCCCUCCCCUCAAAGGGCUCACUGAGCUGCCACGCCCCCAAGGACCAAGCCUACUCCCAGAUCCUGGAGCACGUCUACAGCCAGCUGAGUGGCGUUCAGUGAGACGUGCAGACGGACCAAUCGCUGCCCCGUUUCAGUUUGACUUCAUCAUCGAUAAGACAUCGACUGGGGGCAGAAAGUCUCAUAUGUCUUUUUUUUUUUUGUUUGUUUUUGGUCAUUUUGUGAAUGUUUACGUUUGUUGAGGUUACACUGAGGUGAUUUCACUGUAGCUAUAAUGCCGUUUCUCAAAAGGUUUUAGGCUCCGGGAAGAGUAAUAAGGAGAAAAAUUAGCCUGUUUUGGUUCACGGACCCCAGUUUUGAGACCGACUGUAUUGUGUGCUUGUUUCUUGUUCUCUUAACUUUUUAUUUAUUAUUGCAACUGCAUGAGAACAGAGCAAAAUACAAUAAGGCUGUUCUUCAGAAGCGUUUCAACCAAUACACACUGGAAAUAUUUAAAGUGACUUUUUUUUUUGUAUUUCUGUGCAUUACAAUAUCAGAAAAUAAA